GGUCACACAGCCAUUGAUCCUGCAACUUGACUGGGUCACCUUUGCGAGGACUUCAUAAGGAUGUAAAUUAUUCAGAGGGCACUAUUUGAAAUUGCGGUCAGGGCAUUAGUUUUUCAAGUACGGUUCUUAAUAGACGUUCAACAGAGAGUGGUACCGAAGACGAUUCUGUUUACAGAUUAAUUCGCCCUACCUCAUUUAACCAAGACUCGGAUACAAGCUUAGAAAAACCAUCUUGAAAACCCCGAUGCGCACAUAUCGUACUCACAAGGAAUAAACCGAUUUCGCAAACGAAGAGUUUUAGCCACAUUGAGCAGCAAAGUGCAUCAUAUUUACUGUGAUCGGAUUGCAGAUAGAUUAAACUGAGGUUUUAGUGAGAGGUUUAACUGGCCACCGAGUAAUGCAAUGUCUGCUCCAGAGAAGCCAGACCCACCAAUUGUUGGAAAAGUAACACACAGCUCAAUUGAGCUUUAUUGGGGCACUUACCGAAAAGAUCCAGAACAUGUUGGUCUUCCAGCAACUCGGCUAGACAAUCGUCUGCACUAUGUCGUACAGGAGGAAGAAGUUAGUUCAGGUCAACGCAGCUAUGGAACAGUUUAUAGUGGAUUCUCAUCUAGGCAUGUGUUUGAAGGUCUUGAGCCAAAAACAUCGUAUAGAUAUAGACUGAGAGCUGCAAAUGACAACGGUGCUAGUCCGUGGAGUGCUGCUAUUGAAGUGACAACGACAAAAAAGCCACCAUCCAGUGAAGAUCUUCACAAGGCAACAAACAGAAACGAUAUUGAAGCUGUUGAAAGAUUGAUCAAGGAAUUGAAUAAAGAACUUAUAAAUGCACCAGACAAGUAUGGUUAUUCUCCUUUGAUGAUAGCUGUUCAAAAGGGUCAUAAGGAAAUCAUGGGCUUGCUGAUAAAGAAUCAUGCAGAUGUGAACUAUCAAAGCAGCAGUGGCAAAACUGCCCUUAUGGUUGGGUGUUACGCAGGAAAAUUGGAUGCAGCUGAAGUCCUCUAUGAACACAAAGCUGAUCUGGGGGCUCGCGACAAGACCGGGUCAACUGCUCUGCAUUGGGCUGCUGAUGGGAAGAGCUUUGAAGUCGUGCGGUGGUUGGUUAGCAAAGGAGUUGAGUUGGAUAAAAAAGACUAUACAUCUGGUUGGACCCCUCUUAUGAGAGUUGCCGCUACAAGUGGGGAUGAAAAUAUUGGGAGAAUUUUGAUUCACCACGGAUCGGAUGUUAAUUCUGUUGAUGUUGACGGGAAGUCUGUUUUGAUGAUGGCGGCGUUAAAUGGUCAUAUUGGCUUGGUGCGUUUGCUCAUAAGCAAGGGAGCCAACAUUAACAAGAGAUCGGAGCAUGGGAAAACGGCUUUGGACUUCGCAAAGUCAUUUGAUCAUCGUCAGGUCACCUUGUUUUUGGAGGAAGAGUUGAAGAAGAUAAAAGCUAUAGAAAAAGAGAAGCGAUUAGCCGAAUCGAUGAAGGAGCAAAGGAGCGGCUAUGACCUCAAAGAAGCGAUUAAUGGUUGAUUCAUAUGUUUAAACCAGCUGACCUUGCUCGGAUUGUUUACGAAUUUCACUGCAAUCGUUGAUUCUGUAUCUAAUUUCAGAACUAUUUGUCUGCUGUUCAUUAUUGCAUUUAUUUUUAAAUGCCCGUCCAAACAAGCUUAGCACGAGUGGAAUAUUAAGAAUUUGCUUGAAUAAAAUUGCUUAAAGCAUUGUAAAUCCGUGAUUGGUUUUUUGCAUAUUGCAUGGACGAGAGGCAUCUAUAGUACACCUCGUAUGCCAUGUAGUGGCAGGUAUAAGGCGAAGCUGAAGAAUCCGAUUGACCUCGUGUCAUACAAGCCAAGGAGUUUUUUGACUGCAUUAACGAAUCACAGGUCGCCUAGGGUCAGGGAAGGCGCUCCUAAAAAUAUGACAUCCAGCAAAACGUGAAAAUUAUCCGGAUUCUUCAUGUCUGCCCAAGUAAAAAAUUAGCUUUGUAUCAUACGUCUGCGCUCUUAGGCCACCUCAGUCGGGCUCAGUUAUCAAGAAUUUUUUAAUUACACAGUGGAGUCCCAAGUAGUUUGUUAUGACGGAAAGGCUAUUGAACUGAGGAUUCUUUCAACCGGGAAACUUUGUUAAUUUAAUUUGUUUUACCGGUAAGAUAGUUUAAUGAGUGUCCAUGAAUUCUUGAUUCCACUGUUUUUGGAUAGCUUUCGAAGAAAAAGGCAUGGUUUUUGCUGAGAAUGCACAUAUAAAUGGUCACUGCGCAAUCCCUUCAGCUGCGAUGACGAAGCAUAGCUAUGGUAUAAAGGAAAAUACCCGAAUGAAGCAAGGGUAUUAGAAUCCAUAUAUGCCAAAAAUCUUGGGUGCCAUGAGGUUACCAUGGGGGUAAUGGUUUUAUUAACUGAACAAUCGAUUACCAAAUUCCUUUAAUUUACCUUAUUUUCAAGUUAUUUGUUGGCAAUUAUUAGGGAAUUUCAGCCCUGAGCCCCUUAACAACUUUGAGGCAGGCCCGUCGGAACCGGCUUGGGGCCCCCAAUAAUUGUCAAUCUUUAGUUGGUUUCCUUUAUAACAGUGCAAUAAUUGAGAAGGAAAACACUGAGCAGCCCCCUCAAUAUAAACUUCGUUCUGACGGCACUGUGAGGUAUUUGAAGUUUCGUUCAUUACUUCAAUGCUUUUUAAGAAAAAAAAACCAAUCGGUUUUAUUGAUUGUUGCUUAUCAGCGUCUUAUCAUUUAGAAAAAUAUCGUUUUGUUAUUAUUAUAUUCAAGAUAUUGCUUAUUAAUAAACUAUGUGUAGAAUCAAUAACAACAUUUCUAAAUGCUUAAAAGCAAAUGUUUAUUAUACACUGAAAUGAAAUAGCACAAGUGCAUAAUCAAAAUUGUAACAAUUCUCAAACUCGGUAUCUAUAAUUAGAAUCGUCAUUUACAUUAUCAUCAUCAUCAUAAUCACUGUUUUUUCAUCCUCAUAAUUAUCAUAAUUACUAUGAUUAUUAUCCCCAAAAUUAUCAUCAUCAACACCCAGCUAAAAAGUAGAAUCAGAUACGUAAAACAAACAGGUUCAGCAAAUCUCACACCCUGCUCAAAUAUGUAAAUGCCCCUGUGUUGUUCCAUUUGAAGUCUCCUUAUCAGUGUGUUCCAACAAUGACUAUAUCGAUUAAACGACAAUUUUAUUAGUUAGCAACUUAAUAUUUUGUAGUGAAGUUGGUCAUGAUUUUAAGUCAUUUUGUUGUGGCACAAUGCAAGAAUGUUUUUAAAUAUAAAAUUGAAGAAAAAAGAAAAUUGUUCCUGUAUAAUUAUUAGUUUGUCCCUGUUUAUCAGUAAACUUCAGUUUACUAGUUCAGUUCAGUUAAAAUAUGUUUUGAUCGUCGCAAUUUCAAUGGAA